GUCGCUCUCCAGCCUGGGCCAGCUUGAUCUUCAUUACAACCAAAACCACAAGGUGUACAAGGCCCGUGCCGCGCUGAAAGAUUCUGGGGAACAAGAUUUGGCCGUCAAGGAGUAUGCUUUUGCUCGGCAACACAAGCAGGACCAGUGCCGUACAUUCCUGCGCGAACUACGCGCCAUGCGCCAGCUUCAGCACCCACACAUCAUCCCGGUCCUCGGCGCGCUCGUGGACGUGCACAGUGGCCACCCCAGCGCCUACUUGGUGCAGCUGUGGUGUACGCAAGGGGAUCUGCAGCAGUGGCUCGCAAGGGCUUGGUGCAUCGAGAUGUCAAGCUGAGCAACAUCAUGUUGGACGGUGCAGAGGACCAGCCUGUAGUGCGGCUGGGUGAUUUCGACAUUGCCAAAGCCGCCGCUGAAGCUACGAUGUUGCCUUGUACUGCCACCGCGUCGUCGGGUACGGCGGGCUACGUCGCACCGGAGGUGCUUUUCGGCCAGGGUCGAGUAGGCGCGCGCCCGGCACAAGAUGCCUUUUCCUUCGGCUGCGUUCUCUACAACACGUACAUGUAUCCACAAACGGUGCCGCCUGCUCAGUCACGGGGCGAUGAGGUCGUGGAUCAAUGCAGAUGGAAUUUACCAGCGAGAGUUAGUGUCUGCAGCUUUCCGCACUUGGCGGCUGAGAUAUGCGAUUCGUCGAGUGAUUUGUACAAGGAAACACGGGCCUUGCUUGCAACAGAUCCGAAACAACGGCCGAGCCUAUUGAGCGGCCGGCAGAUUGCAGAACGAUCUGUCGCGGCCCAUGCCGGGCCAGCUAUUGACGUUUUGCGCGACGCACCCGAGCUCAUCCCCGAGCCGACUGAUUUGACCCCAUUGUGUACUAAGGUGGUUGAGCUGCUACAGCAGCUGAGUGCUGACGGGCAGGGACCAAGCAACGUUGCAGUGCGGCGGGUGGAGCGUGUGCAGAACCCCGUGCUGUGGGAACGGUACAGCGCCAAGCGACGGGAGAUGCUGCACCGCCUCACGGGUCAGGAGCACUAUGAUCGACUUCAUACGGCCACGUUGGAUGCGCUCUCGGGCUGUCCAGCUUUGCUUCGAGAUGCAUCCUGUCAAGAGCGCUUGUUGCUCCACGGCAUUGCGCCCGUGCGAUCACUUCGAGACAAGAUUGUGCGCCUGGGCUUUGAUCAUCGCUUCGCUGGUCGCAGCUCAGGCCACAAGUAUGGUCUUGGCGUUUACUUGGCCGACCAUCCUAGAAAGAGUCACCAUUAUGCGACGCCUGGAGCAAACGGCGAGCGGAUGCUCAUUAUUACGCGAGCCCUGUUAGGCCAUGCCUAUGUCCGUCCUUCGCCUCGUUCUCGGGCACUGGCUCCUCCACUGCUGCCCGAUGCACCCAACAACGAGCGAUUUGACUCGGUCAUCGCGACGCCGCCCAGACGUUUUCACGAGGUGAUUAUCUUUGAGAAUGCUCAAAUCUAUCCCGAGCUGGUGGUGUACUACACGGCCGAUUAGGAUGCUCGUGCUGCGUGUUUGUGUGUUUGUGUAUUUGUGUGUUUGUGUGUUUGUGUGCUGUCGGCUUGUCCGUUUGUUGCUUUGCCACAUGCCACGCAAGGGAAGGGGCCAUUGAUGAAUUGACCUCCGGACGG